GACCCGAAGAUUUGCCUCCGUCCUCUCAGCUGCCAAACCCCUUUGCACCAGGACGCACAGCUUCUCCCUCUGAUUGAUCAGCACACUUCUUUUAGCGAUGGAGCCCAUGAUCAGACGCCAGACUUCUCAAAUUCUUGGUGUCCAUUCGGCACCCGCUCCCAGAACCCUACAGAUGGACAGGUCCUACGCCCACAGUGUCAGCGGCGGAGCGGGCGGCCAUGGGAUCAGGAUCUCCACGGCGUACGGCAAUCGGGUUGGCAACAGCUUUGGGGGUGGGUAUGACUGCCAGUCCUUGUCGUCUGGGUCCACCUCUGGAACCCUGGCCAUCACGAACGAGAAGACCACCAUGCAGCAAUUGAACGACCGGCUGGCCAACUACCUGGAGACGGUGAGGAGUCUGGAGAAGGCCAACGGCAUUCUAGAGAUCAAGAUCAGGGAGAUCAUCGAGAAGAAAGGCCCCAUGGAUGGGAGGGACUUCAGCAAGUACAACACAAUCAUCAUGGAGCUGAGGGCCAAGAUAUUUAACAUGAUCAAUGGCAACGCGCAUCUCGCUAUCGCUGUCGACAAUGCAAGCCUGACUUCCGAAGACUUCAGAAUGAAGAUGGAGUACGAGAUGUCCAUGCGUCAGACGGUGGAGGCCGAUGUGGCCAGACUGAGGAAGAUUCUGGAUGACACCAACGUUAUUCGCCUGCACCUGGAGAGCGACAUCGAGUCACUGAAGGAAGACUUGAUCAACCUGAGGAAGAACCACAAGGCGGAUGUUGCUGAAUUGCGUGCCCAGAUCACCCAGGUUGGCGUCCGUGUGGAUGUUGACGCUCCUAAAGGACAGGACCUGGCCAAGAUCAUGGAGGAGAUGAGGGCCAAGUAUGAGAAGAUAGCCCUGAAGAACCAGGAGGAGCUCAAACUAUGGCAUGACUCUCAGAUCACAGAGGUGCAGUUCCAAGUGACUGAGAGCUCAACAGCUCUGAAGGAAGCUACGACCGUGAUGUCAGAUUCUAGGAGGAGGUAUCAGGGACUGGACAUUGAAAUGCAAUCCGCACUUAGUCUGAAAGCGUCCCUGGAGGCCACCCUGCGUGACAUCGAGAUGCGCUACAACAUGGAGGUGGAGAAGUACAACGCGGUCAUCCUGAGGCUGCAGGAGGAGCUCACUCGCAUCCGCUCCGACAUCCAGCGCGACACAAGGGAGUACGAGCACCUGCUCGACAUCAAGGUGAAACUGGAGGCCGAGAUCGCCGAGUACAGGAGGCUGCUGGACGGCGAGUUGGACUUUGUUCUAGAGGAUGCAGUUGAUCAACAGAUGGUCCAGACCAAAGUGGUGACAGUCACUCAGACUCUGGUGGAUGGCAAAGUGGUGUCAGAGACCAAGGAUGUCAAAUCCAGUGAAAAGGUUGCUGGUAAUUAAAAACUGAUUUGGAGGGGAACACCUUUGUAGCAAAGAUAAAAUUAACAAUACGAAGAAUACCAUUCUGCCUGACUGUUUUUUUUUUAAGUCUUUGUGUUAAGGAGCAAACAAUCAUUACGAAAUGUAACAAAACCACUUCAGUCAAGAUAGCUGUUUCCCCUGCUUCCAGUCUUUAUACUAAGCUACGCUAACCAGCUGCUCGCAGUCAAUCUUCUCAUCUAACCCUAAAGAAAAGAGCGCAAAUAAACUUGUUUUCCCAAAU